AUGACUCCGCAACACGGAACGCCACCGUACAACAUGUUAGAUAGAAUGCCACGACGUGAUACACCGCCAUAUAACGUGCCGCAAAACAUGAAGCCACAGUAUUAUACGCCACCGCGCAACACCGUACAACAGUCCUUAUCAACGCCACAUGCGCCGCAACGAUUUCUGCCGCCGCCACCAGCUACAGUGCGACAACGCAACUUCUGCCGCAUAAUAUGCUAUUACAACCGCCGCUAUGUGCCGCAUGGAAACGCCACUUAUGUAGAUCGCGCCGCAACGUUACACGAAGCGUAUAACGUUAUGAUACUAUCAAAACGCGAAGCAAAAUGCCGCCAAGACCAAAGGAACGCCGCGAAACGUAACACGGACGAUGCCACAAUAAUCUACAAGCCUCGCUACUAG